UUCUUCGUUCACCUCACUCUCUCUCUCUCUAUUCGAUGGAGUGUCUCAACCCCCACCUCUCACACGCACACCACGUGCCCCGCACGUGCUCCUCCUCCUCCUCCUCCUCCUCCUCCUCCGCACGAAGGGCUCUUCGCCUCUUCUCCUUCCACACCACCUCGCUCAGAACCAAGCGGCUUUUCCCCUCAUCCUCGUUCCUCUCCUCCCCGAAUCCUCGGAACCCAUCUCCUCUUUCUCUCCCAGUUCAGCUCGCAACUUCCAGGAGUCAGUCGAGUGUGAAACCUAGUACCGACAUAGCUGAAUGGGCCAUGCAAGAUUUUUAUGCCUUGCGGAAGGAUGUAGAAGCUACUGCAGAGCGUGUAGACGAAAUCAGGAUUUCUGCUGGUUUAGAACAACUGGAAGCAGAUCUUGCUGUACUGGAGAAAAAGUCUGCUGAUAGUUCCUUAUGGGAUGACCCUUCAAAGGCUCAAGAAAUACUUCUUGCUUUGACUGAUGUUAAAGAGAAAAUCAAAUUGCUCAAUGAUUUUGAGUCACAGGUUGAGGAAGCUAAAACUAUAGUAAACUUAACCGAGGAGUCGGAAUCUAUAGAUGCUGGUCUUCUUGAAGAGGCCUCAAAGAUCAUUCGAGAACUGAACAAUGCAUUGGAUCGCUAUGAGCUGACUCAGCUUCUCGCCGGUCCCUAUGACAAGGAAGGGGCUGUAAUUAACAUUACUGCAGGUGCUGGGGGUACUGAUGCACAGGUAUGCAUCUAGUGCAUUCCUUAUUUU